UGUGUGCGUAUUGUUCGACCACCACAGUUUAUCGGUCGUCUAUCGGUUCUCAUGCGUCGAAAAAUAAAGUAAUAGUAUAAAAGUAAUUAAAAGUAUGAUUAAUUCGUGCAAUAAAUCGUUUUGCAUUCAGUGUACUUGAAGUGUAAACAAAUGCCUUGCAUAAUUUGUACUGUUUCUGCUGAUUUGCUAGUGUUUUAUACAAGUUUUUGAGAGCCUAACACAUUUUUUCAGCAGACGCAUGAAAAAUGGCGGCGUCUUCAGCUACGGCUGAAUGUAAAGAAGAAUGUAAAGAUAAAGAUGACGAUGCAUUAACUACAACGCUACAUUCAUGUGCAAAUGAUCCAGAUUUUGCAGUAAUAUGUGCAUUUUUGCAAAAAUUUGCCAAAGAUUUGGGCUUGGCUUUGCCAAAUUUCAAGCAUUUGCAGGAGUGGUUGACAAACAACGAUGAAGUGCCCCAGCUGCGAGAUCUUCACAUUAAACUGUUGCGCAAGACACGCAAGACGGUUCACGAAAAGAGCUGGGAAUCAGCUUUGAGUAAAUUCUGUUUCGGCUAUUCCCUGCAGGAUGCCUGGGAGAUUGAGCGCUUCGGCUACCGGAAUUCCAGUCUUAAAGUUAAGCUACGUAUUCUACGUGAACUACUUGAAAGUCAAUUUGAACGUAAUGCGAAGUUUCGUGCAAAUAUUCAAACGCUAAACGCGACCACAUUGCGCGCUCAGCCCAUUGGACGCGAUCGCUUGGGUCACUCCUAUUGGCUGUCGCAGGAUGGCGAUUGCAAUUUGCGCAUUUAUCAGGAGCAUUUGGACGAGGAGAUAUGGCAGGUGGUGGCUACAAAUCGUGAUGAAUUUGUUAAUCUCAUUGCACGUCUACGUGGAAAUGAGGUAGUGCUGCCCUCCAAGGACAUUGGCGAAGCGGAUGAAGAUACCACAAGCAGUAGCAGCAGCAGUCAAGCUGCACCACCGGCCCCACCAACUAUACUGCAGCCGGACCCACAUGAUGAGGAUUCGCAUGAAGCGAAAGUGCCCAAUUUAAAGAUUAAGCUGCGCACUCCCGAGCAGCAGCAACAGGAGCAACCGGAGCCAGAGGUUAAGCCCAAGAAGGUCAAGCCCCUGCUUAUUACACAAGGCAAACUGGGAGGAUCGCCUGCACCGGCCAAGAAACGGCCGUUGGAGGAUGUGGACAAUAGUCCACCGGUAGCAUCUGAGGAUCAUCAAAAGAAGCAGCGACCUACGCUGCUCGACACAAAACGUAUUAAAAAGCCAAGUCGGUAUGAGAGCACCAAAUCCGAAGAUGAUAACGAAGUGGACUCGGAGGACUCGGAACUGGAUGAGGGCGAAGAGGAGGAAGAGGAAUCGCUCGACGGAGAGGAGGAAUCACUUGAUAGUGCUGCUGCUGACGAAGAUGAGAACGAGCAAAAAUUUAACGAAGAGGAUGAAGAGGAUGAUGAUGAUGACGAGGACGACGAAGUUGGCGAAGAUAUUGAAGAGCCCACUCUAAUAGUUCGCGGACACGGAGAUGGUCAUGAAUGCCAAGCGUUGCCAGAUGAUUCACUAUUUCUUGGCGCUUUUGCAGAUAAGGAAGCUGAUUUAGAUCCGUGCGUUGGUGAAACAAUCGUGGAAGAACUCUUUUUUGUGCAUGGCUCCGGAACUGGAGCUGAAUGUCUAGUUGGAAACAAUAGCAACAACGAAGCCAACGACGAGGAGGCCACCUCAAAGCCUGAGCCAAAGGCGACAUUCUUUUUCGGCGAACCGGGCUGUCUAAAACUAAGUCCCAUUAAACAGACGCCAAAGCAGGAAACAAAAAGAAGCAUAUUCGAUAGCAUAGGCGACCCAGAACCAGAACCUGAGAAAACGAAUGGAGAGAGUCGAAAGUCCAAUGAAACAACGGAUAAUGAUAACGAGAAAGUAGCGGCAGUGCUUAAUGGGAAUGAGUCACCGGACCAGAAACAGGAGGACAAUCAGGAACAGCAAGAAAACUGCAACCCUAGCCGUGAGAGUGAUAAAAUUAUUGCAGAAGAUGAUGCUAAAGAAAAGAUGGUCAAUAGAGAAUCAUCAGAAAAUCUUGUUGAAAAUGUGUCUGAAAAAACGGAAGAAACAAAAGAAAUCUCAAUUGAACAAAAUGAAGAAAGACCUGAAAAGUCAGAAGAAGAAAGCGUAGAACAAGUUUAUAAAGUGAGGGUAAUAGAAACGACAAAUGAAUCAGUGGAAAUAGUAAAGAAUACAAUUAAAACGGAAGCAACGAACGAAAAAGAUGAAUUGGAAACUAGAAAACACGUUGAUAGUGUUGCUGAAAAAAGAGAAGAUAAUAAUAAGUUAAAUAUGAACCAUGUUGGCAAGGAAGAGCUAAAUGAAGAAAUCAUUGAAGAAGCAGCGCCAGUUGCAGCUGACAACAACGCAGCACCUAAACCAACUGAAGAAAGCAGUAAAUCUAUCCCGAAUGAAGAAACUGAACCACAGAAAACUUUAGCAGUUGAAGCAGCUGGAAAUGGAGUCGAAACUACAGAUAUUGACAAAGCAACUGCAACUGCGGGUACUGUUGCAGCUAAUGUAUUAGCAGCACCCGCUGCGGAAAACAGCAACAAAACUAAGUUAACAGAAACAGUACAAAGUGAAUUGCCUAGCACCUCUAAGGUUGUAAUCCCAAAUGAUAAUCAAAACACAACGCCUAAGGAAAACAAAAGCGAAGCGACGAUCUGUGAAGCAAAGGAGCCGAAGGAAAGUAAAAUAGAGAGCCAGACCAGAAAAGCAAUGUUGCUGCCCAAUCGGAAACGUCGUUUGGCCGAUUUUGCAGCACCGGCUGCACGUCAUUCCACAUCCGAAAGCGAAAUCGAUAUACAUGGCGAGCUCCAGCUGGAAGAUGAACAACAGUUGGAUGACGAUGAUUUGGAUAUUGGUGGCAAGCGUAUUAAAAUGCGUCCAAAGAUUACUAACGUCGAAGUACGACGCAAGGUGGAGGCUCAGAAAACACAAAUUGAGGAAACAACCUCGUCGAGCGGCGAGGAAGAUGCGCGCAGUCGUCGCAAGAUCAUAGCGCCAAAGCGCCAUCUGGAAAAACCCAAUCCGGUGAAGCAAAAGCCCACGCUGGCUGAAAUCAUUGAGAAGAAAUUAAAGAAGACGCCAGAGAAACCAAAAGAUGAGCAGGAGCAGACAGCUCAAUUGGUCGAGCAGCCCAUAGCCCCGCCAGUGGCCAUGCCCGCGCCCACACAGGUGCCUGCACAGCCAGUAGGUGAGAUCACGCCACCUAUAGCGCAAAGAAUAGAACCUGUACCCUUUACACCGCCCAAAAAGUCGCCCAUUACAAAGCCACUGAAAAAGAAUUUGCUUACGCAAAUACGCCAAGAGGAGAGCGACGAGGAGGCAACACCAAGAAAGCGAACCAAUAGUGAAACAGUUGUGACUGCAAUUCCAGCUCCAACAAGCCAAGGCUUCGAAUCCACAUUACAACGCAAACGACGCAGCAGCGAGGAAUCAAAGGACUCCAAGGAGGCGAGCGUCAGCGAAGAGUUGCCUGCAAUAAGCGAGAAACACAUGCGCAACAAUGAUCAGCAAUUCUUGCAGGAGGAACCUUCGACCGUAGCUCCAGAAUCCCAUCAAGUCAAACAGGAAACUACAGUUAUUCGGGAAGAAAUUCCAGAACAGGAGUGGCCACAACAGUCGGCGAAGACUACUGUGGUUAAGCAAGCUUCGCCUCCUGUGGUUAGGCAAGCUUCGCCUCCAGUGGUUAAACAAGCUUCACCUCCAGUGGUCAAGCCAGCUGUGUCUCAUCUGGUUAAACAAGCAACACCUCCACCAGAUAAGCAAGGCACAGCUACACCCGCUAAAGAAACCACGCCGCCUCCUGUUAAGAGGGCAACAUCUUCGCCAGCUAAGACCGCAACAUCUCCUCCAGCUAAGAGAUCCACCUCUCCUUCAGCUAAGAGAGCAACAUCCCCUAUGGUCAAGAGGGCAACAUCUCCUUUAGCUAAACGAUCAACAUCUCCCUCAGUCAAGAGGUCAACGUCUCCACCGGCGAAGCAAGCUACUCCACCGCCGUCAGCUACUAAAAAAGAAGCUCAGGCGGUCAAGCAGGCAACGCCAUCAACUCCCAAGGAGGAUUCACCUCCGCCACCACCUGCUGAAACUCAAGGGCGACGCUCUGGACGUCGCGGCGGCACCGCAGUUGUCUACUCGGAGCUGCCGCAGCCCAAGCGCACUCGAGGUGGCCCCAAAGAAAAAUCUAGUACUGAAAGUAAGCAGCAUAUCAAAGAAGAUCCACUCAAAAUCGAAGAUGAGGAGCUAGAGGAGAAACCAGCAAUUAAGCCCUUGAAAUCAACAGCUAAAACAAAGUCGCCAAUCAAAGAGGAACCUAAACAGGAACCAGCGGCUAAGGAGAAAGCGAAAAGCGAACCCGUCGCCAAGCAGGAACCCAAAAGCGAGGAGGAAAUUAAAGUCGAGGAGGAAUCUAAAGAGCCAACGGAAAAACCAAAGACUUCAGUGCCUAAGGAGGAGCUGCCCAAGCCGGUUACAACGCCUGGAGUUGGACGUGGGCGAGGUCCACGUAAGAAACGUGAGGUGGACACUACCAACAUUAUUGAUACCAACGACUCGGAGACGCCAGUGCGCCAAUCCCGUCGCAUAGCGCAGCAGAAAAUCAAAGAAGAGGCGGAGAGGCGCAAAUUGGAGGAAGUCGCGUUAAGGACAAUGAAACAGCAGCUGAAGAACAAAAAAAAAGCCGAAAAGGAAGCGGAUCCCACAGUACUAGAGCCGUCAGCUGAGUCGGAGUCCUUUGAGUCGGCAAGCGAAGCUGAAGAGACUAAGAAGAAAAUCAAAAAAAAGUGUCCUGGCAAGAAUGGCGGGUGGUCAUCGGACUCCGAGGAGCAAGCCGAAAGUGAGGAGGAGGAAGAAGAGCCACCACAUUACGAUACAGAUCCCGGCUCGCCACUUUUUAGAUCCGAUCAUGAAUUCUCGCCCGAAUCGGAAGUAGAAGAUGAUUCUCAGGUGGUUCCGAUGAAACGCGCUCGAACAUUGCGCAAGGAGAAUGCGGAUGAUAAUGAGGAAUAUGCGGCCGCUGCGGAAGCGGACGAAGCGUGUCAGAAGUGCGGCAAAUCGGACCAUCCCGAAUGGAUACUACUCUGCGAUACGCCCGACUGCAACAAAGGCUAUCAUUGUUCCUGCCUCAGCCCCGUGCUCUUCUAUAUACCCGAGGGCGACUGGCACUGUCCGCCAUGCCAACAGGAGCAGCUUAUCGCUGCCUUGGAACAGCAGCUGCAGCAAUUCGAUGAUCUGGUUGCCCGCAAGCAUCAGGAAAAACUUUUAGCCGAGGAAGCGGAGCGCCAAGCGGUAGCCGCUGCAGCUGCUCGGACCGCCAGUGAGUUGGAGGAGCGCUCUAACACCAAUGCUCGCAAAAAGAAUGAUGACAAAGACGAUGACGAGGAUGAUGAGGACGAUGACGAUGAUGAAGAUGACGACGAUGAUGAUGGCGAUGCAUCCAGCAAGGCCAACAAACGCGCCAAGGCGGAAAAAACGAAACGACGACGUGGUGAUGGACGCAGCAAUCGACGAGCAGCUAAGCGAGGCACGCGACGCCGUCGCGGAGGGAAGGACGAUGGAUCGGAUAGCGCUAGCAGCGCAACGAAGAGUGGCAAACAAUCAGCCGCAGGUGGUGGUGGACGUUCUUCCAGCAGCAGCGGAAGCAGCAGCAGCAGCAGCUACUCUGAUUCGGAUGACGAGCCCAUUUACAAGCUACGCAAGCGGCGACAGAUCAAUGUCAGCUAUCGCCUCAAUGAAUACGAUGAUUUGAUUAAUUCGGCGUUAAAGAAGGAGAUGGACGAGGUGGCUGGAGCUGGAAAUCUGGGCAGGGGCAAGGACAUUAGCACUAUUAUCGAGGCGGACAAAGAAAAAACGCGACGCGAAGAGGAGGGCGAGCAACCCGACGAGGAUGAGUCGCAAGUGAAAGCGACAAAGGUUACGACAGACACGCAGGAAAAAUCAAGUAAUGAGGACGACAGCAACGACGAAGAUGACGAGCAGCCAUUGAAAGCUGUUAAACAGUCGAAGAGUAAAGUUUCUCAACCGGCUAAAAAGAAGGCACGCAAGUUGACUACGUUGGAUGUGAGCUCCGAGGAAGAUCAUGGCAGCGAUGAGGACUUUAAGACUUCCAGUUUCUCCGACGACGAUAGUUCACAGUCUGCAUCUGACGAUUCCGACUCCAGUCUAGAGGUUUAUCGUCGGCCUGGGCGUGGUAAAAAGCAGCGCAAGGCAGCAAGACGAGCGGCACGAGAACGUCGUAAGGAUCGCAAGUUUGUGGUGGAGGAAAGCGAUGAAAGCGACGAAGAGGAGCAACAAAAACGAUCCAAGUCCAACAAGUCUCAUAAGAAGAAGAAGAAGGAUGAUUCCGAUUAUACGGAAACCGAAACGGACGACGAUGAAAACGGUUCCGAGCUAUCGGAGAACAUGGAUAGCGCAGAUCUAUGCGAUGACACGACUAGCGAGAGCGAGGACGGUGCCUGGCAUCCAUCGAAACGCAAGAAGCCAGCUGCCAAGAAAUCUUCGACUGCCAUUGCACGCAAAUCUCCCAAAUUGAAGAAACCUGUAAUUAAGAAGACCAAACAGCUGGAAUAUUCAGAUGAUGACAUCAGUGAGAGUGAGGAGGAAGAGGACGAGGAUGAUGAUGAUGCAGUGCAGAUUGGCGCUAAUGGUGCACCGAUGUCGGGCAAGGGUUCAGGCAAACAGCCGCGUUCGCAGCCAUUAAAGAAGACUACGUCAACGACGGGCUCGUCGGCGCAGGCGCAGGCGUCUGGCAAAGGUAAAGGCAAAGGCAAGAGCACCAAGAAAAAGAAGAAGGCCCCUUCAUCGGAUGAAGGUGGCGGUGGCGGUUCCGAUGAGCGAACGCGUACACGUGGCCGUCGCUACGCCUAUAUCGAGGACUUUGACGACGACAGCUCCGAUGGGGGCAUCAAGCCAGGAGUACAGCGUCCCGAUACACCGCCAGAAGAACGUCAAAAGUUUAUACAGAAGCAGGAGGAGAUCAAACGCAUGCUUGCCGAGAAGAACGCGGAGGGCGCGAAACUGGCAGCAACGCCUCGACUAAUACCAAUCAAGGGAUCAACUACAGUGGCGCCCGUACAGGAGAAACGCACGCCCACAAAAAGUGGUGCCGCUUCUGGUGCAGGUGAUUCGCUGUCAACAGUGCCGUUGUCUGUGAUACGUCAGGCUAAGGUGUUGGACAUUGAUUAUUUGCAUCGCAAAGGUGAGGCCAUUGAUGAUCUGGAUGAUGUGGACUCCGAGCUGGAUGAUACCGAGCUACCCGAUUUGCCCGAGGACAUGGAAGAUGCGAUUGCACGCAUGGUGGUGGAGCAGUUCAAUUCAGAUACUGCUGUACGUGAGUUGCCUGCACCGGACGAGGUGUUGCGCACCACGCCAGCUAAAUCUAAGGUGACGAAACAACAGCCCACCACACCGGAGCAGAUGCCAAGCGCCUCCGGGCUGCAGGAGCCUAUGCGCAAACGCUUGCCUAUGCCCACAAUGCAUCCGCCGCUGCUGCGUCAUCAGUUUCCAUCGCAUGGCCCAGCCGGUGGGCUACCAGCUUCACUUCUACCUCCACCGCCGGGUGGACAACAACAGCAUCCCCCGCCUGGCAUGCACCCAAUGUUGCAGCGCCAUUUGGCACCGCCACCACAGGCCAUGCAGCUGCUGCAGAGCGCUCUUUCCGCACCUCUAGGUCAGCCACUGAGCCGUGCAAACUAUGCGUCUGCACAGCAACAACAGCUGCCUGCCAUGCAGCGAUUGCCACUGGGCAUGUCAAUGCCGGUUGCUGCAGCCCAUCUCAUGCAGGCAGCCGCUGCAGCUGCUACAGUGCGCGGCCCAGCGCCUGUUCCAGCACCCGAAGCCAAGCCACGUGGUCGUCGAAAAAAGGUUACGCCACUGCGUGAUCAGUUGCAGAAGCAACAAACCGCCGCAGCUGUUACAGCAGCCACCUCGUCGGUGGGCAACGAGAAACCUGCGCCUUCUGGCAAGGCGCAGCCACCGCCAACGCCUCCACAGCUCUUUAAGCCUCAUGAAGAUGCACCAGUCACCGUCGCCCAGGCUUCCGUAAUCACGCGCAUGCCCAUGCCUUCAUUGCUUCCGCCGGCACAUACACGCGUGCCACCAGCAUCACCGGGAGCUGGCAUGUAUCCGAGUAGCGCGGAAUUGGCUCGUUUUUAUUCCCAGCCAUUGCCGCCCAGCUCUGCGCUGCGCCCCACAUAUGGGGCACCGCCGCCAUUACGUGGCGCGCCACCCACGUCAACAGCAUCUGCAUCGCCUGGUAGUGCAUCCAAUGCGCGUCCGCCGCCCUAUCUACAUGGCCCAGAACACCAUGGUGGUCCUCCGCCGCCAGGCUCAUUGGCUAGCGUCUAUGGCGCCGGUCCGCCACCGGCUCGUCAUGCCUCACCGCAUCUGAAUCCUUACAGAGCACCGCCCAUUUAUGGCAAUCCGAACUAUCCACCGCGUGUGGCACCUCCUGGCAGCGCCAAUAUGCGACCUGGUCCAGUGGACUAUGCAGCCGGUGCGCGUGGCUAUCCACCCUAUGGCUAUUAUCCACCGCCGCUGACUACGCCGCCUGCGCACGCGUCUGCGCCCAGUUCAGUGAUUGUGAGUGCGCCGCCGCCGCCUCCUGUCACACCCACAAAUCAUUCAGUUUCGGCAUUGACGCGUGGCAAAUCACCAGCACCAACUCCAUCAUCAGCACCACCACAACCACCAGCACCAGCACCAGCACCAGCUCCAGCUCCAGCUCCAGCUGUGCCUGUCGCUCCGCCGCCUGUAUCAGGACCACCGUCUGCACCACCAGCAGCUGUCACACCAGAGGUGCAUAAAUCAUCGGUGAUAACCAGCAAGAAACUCAUCACACUGGAGGCCUACUCCAAUAUCAAAUCGCCGCUGGCUGUGGUUGGGGAUGCCUCAGCCGAUUCGCCAGCACCCAUUGCCGAGGAGGAUUCCAGCUCGGCACACGGCAGCAGUAGCGCCGUUGUUGCCGCGAACAGUGUUGGAGGAGGUGUCGGGGAAUUCAGUGGCCUGGUGAGCUACUUCAGCUCCCAACAGGACGAUUAUGAUACAUAACAAACGCCGGCGGCAGUCCAAGCUUGUAUAUAAUGUAGUUGAUCUAUAAUAUAGAGAUGUUUAUGUGUGGCGUCUGUGAAUGUCCUAUAAUAAGAAGGGAUGUGGCUAGUCCCCGUUUUAGGCUAUUUAUUGAAAAUUUCAAUCCUCACACACACCCACACCCACAACCGCAAUUGAAAGUGCAUAUAAAAAAGUAGCGUAAAAAAUGAAACCAUGAGAAAUUCGUCAACUCGUUUGUUUAUAAAUUAAAUAUAUAUUUAUUUUAAGUUAGGCUCCUAUUUUCUUGACCAUAUGCUCUAUGUGCUCCUAGAGUCUCUUCAACAACAGCAGCAACUUAAGUAUUUUAGUUUAAUUGUAUAGUACGAUGCAUGCAUGUUCGAUUUGUUAAUGUUUAGCUACCUAUAUGGCCGAUCCAUUAUCGAGCUAUAUCAAUUAUAGAAGCAUUGCAUAAUUAUGAUAAUAAUUUAUAUACCUACACUCUACCCUAUAUGAUA